AUGCAUUUGUUUUCUUAUAGUUUCUGGCAAGAAAACCCAUUCAGCAGAAAAACAUCUGGUGUUGGAGGGAUGUUAAGAAAAGCAAAACCAAGAUCUAUGCAGCUCAUACUACUCUUCGGGACGUGCUUUGUGGUCACGAUCCUGUGGGGGAACAAAGCACUGCUGAUGUUCUCAAACAAUGACGAAGCUGUGAUCAACAAAAAACUUCCGAAAGAACUGCUGCUUCGAAUAUUCUCUUUUCUGGAUGUGGUCACUCUGUGUCGUUGUGCUCAGGUUUCCAGGGCAUGGAAUGUUCUGGCCCUGGAUGGCAGUAACUGGCAGCGAAUUGACCUGUUUGAUUUCCAGAGGGAUAUUGAGGGUCGAGUAGUGGAGAAUAUUUCUAAAAGAUGUGGGGGUUUCUUGCGAAAGCUAAGCCUGCGUGGGUGUCUAGGAGUGGGAGACAAUGCAUUAAGGAUAUUUGCACAAAACUGCAGAAAUAUUGAAGUAUUGAACCUAAAUGGCUGCACCAAGAUCACAGAUACGACAUGUACCAGCCUUAGUAAGUUCUGCUCUAAACUCAGGCACCUUGACUUGGCUUCCUGCACUUCCAUAACCAACCUGUCUCUAAAAGCACUGAGUGAGGGAUGCCCACUGCUGGAACAGCUGAAUAUCUCCUGGUGUGACCAAGUGACUAAGGAUGGCAUCCAGGCUCUGGUGAGAGGCUGUGGAGGACUCAAAGCCUUGUUUCUGAAGGGCUGCACGCAGCUUGAGGAUGAAGCUCUCAAAUACAUUGGAGCGCACUGUCCUGAACUAGUGACUUUAAACCUGCAAACCUGCUUACAAAUCACAGAUGAUGGUCUCAUAACAAUAUGCAGAGGAUGCCAUAAAUUGCAAUCCUUGUGUGCCUCAGGCUGCUCUAACAUUACAGAUGCCAUCUUGAAUGCACUGGGACAAAACUGUCCGCGGCUUAGAAUAUUAGAAGUUGCAAGGUGUUCGCAGCUAACGGAUGUGGGCUUUACCACUCUGGCUAAGAACUGUCAUGAGCUUGAAAAAAUGGACCUGGAAGAGUGUGUUCAGAUAACAGACAGUACGUUAAUCCAGCUUUCCAUAUACUGUCCACGGCUUCAGGUGUUGAGUUUGUCACACUGCGAGUUGAUCACAGAUGAUGGGAUUCGUCACUUGGGGAAUGGUGCCUGCGCACAUGACCGACUGGAAGUGAUCGAGCUGGACAACUGCCCUUUGAUCACAGAUGCCUCCUUGGAACACCUGAAGAGUUGCCAUAGCCUGGAGAGGAUAGAACUUUAUGACUGUCAACAGAUCACACGGGCAGGAAUCAAGAGACUCAGGACCCAUUUACCCAAUAUUAAAGUCCAUGCCUACUUCGCUCCUGUGACUCCACCUCCAUCAGUAGGGGGCAGCAGACAGCGCUUCUGCAGAUGUUGCAUCAUCCUAUGACAUUGGAAUUGGUCAUCCUUGCAAACUGAGUAUUUAAUUACACUUCUAGAAUUACAGUGGACACCUGUAUCUUCAACGAAAGUGAUCCCAGUGUCAUUUGCAAGGGCCAGUGAAAAGGGCUGUGGCACCGGGCCCCUGUAGCCACCCAUACACACGCAUAUACACACGCACCACCUGUUCCAGCAACUGAUGAACUCUGUGACAUGGGAGCUGGAUCUGUGUUGUCUUUUGCUGUAGGUGGAUUGAUAUAAUUCUGAACCAUUCCUACUGGGCAUGCUCAGAAGAAACUACUGGGGAGGGGGUUGUGCAAACCCAAAACGACUGCUGCUGGUUUUUGUUUUUUUGUUUUUGUUUUUUAAUGUUGGAACAGCACCAAAAUCCUUCGAAGUUGGGGGAGGGAGAGAAACGAACAUGCUUUAUUCUUGCAUCCACUGUCCAAAAAAAAAAAAAGAAAGAGGUUUUGUUUUCCGUUCUUCAGUAAGGGAAUGAAAACAGCAGCCAUUGUGAGACAUGAUUUACUGUGCUUCGGUACUUCCUUGUUUCCAUGCUAACACACUGAGCAUGCUCACAUUGAAGGUUCAUCAGUUUCUUCUGUGUUUCGUAGCAUUCAGCUCAGAGGCUUCCUAGAUUGUUGUGAUGACAUAGCUUGAAAUCUGUAAUGUCGGGCUCAGUUUUUUACCCCACCCACCGCUCAUUUUUUUUACAGAUUUCUAAUUUAGUAAUUUUUGAGAUUAUUGAACAUAAGUUAUUUAUCAAUAAAAAUAAGACACUUUUUACCAUUAGAAGGCUGCGCCUGAAACUGCCUGUCUGAUGGGAAGAUCUUAAAUAGAAAGAGAGAGUGGAGCGCAGGCUAGGAUCUCAUGGGCAUAUUUGCCCAUUUUUACCAAUAUUUGGGUCUCACCUCUUUUGCAUUUCAAGUUUUACCCUAGCAAAGAGAA